AUUAAGAGUCGUGCGGUAUAUUUUCUUGAUAAUUCACGGCCACACUGCUGUAUACUAUUUGUCAAUAGCACAUUCUUGUAAAAAAUUAAAACAAAACAAAAAAACCAGGAAAAAAUGCCGGAAAGUGACGUUACCAAAAUGAAGGUGGCUGAUUUGAAGCGCGAGCUAAAGCUGCGUGGGCUGGCAGUGAAUGGAAACAAAAAUGAAUUGCAGGACCGCUUGCAGGCGGCCCUUUUGGAGGGUGAUAUCUCGCUUGACGACAGCGCCAUAGCAGACGCCAUAGACGAUGAUGAUGUUUCCCUGGCCGACGAAGAUGAAGACAAAUUGCUGGGGGACGAGCACGAUGACGAUGAACUACUCAAGAGCCCGGUGAGCACGCCCAUAGCUGCAAUAGUUCCCGACUUGCUGUUGGAUGAACACAGCGACAUCAAAGACGAAACGAGUGCAGCUGCAGCCUUGCCUGCCAAGAAAAUUGUGCUCAAAAGAAAUAACUCUCAGCUGAUCUCGACAACGGGAGGCAGUACAGCGACGUCCACCAUUGCAUCGAAAGAGAACGGGGCUCCGACAGCUAGUAAGGAUACGCAAGAGGACACACCAGCCAAAACAAAACGCAUACCUAUUGUAAUUGGAGGAAGCAAGGAAGGCGAAAAGUCCGCUGACAAGAAACUCACUGAACUAACUGCAGAAGAGCGUUUGAACCUCCGGGCCAAGAAAUUCGGCAUCACCCCCACCAUCGCAACUGCGUCAAUUGCUACUGCAAUUAACAAGUCCUCUAGCGCAUCCAUUGUGGCUAAUAAAGGGAACAAGGAGACGGAUGAAAAGCAAAAGGAAGCCCUUAAGCGUCGUGCCGAACGCUUUGGCUGUGUGGUUCCCGAGAAGACCACAAAGACUCUAACCGAUGAACGUCUGCUAAAGCGAAAGGAGCGUUUUGGCGUAGCAGCAGAAGCUACUUCGACUCCAGUUACCGCUCCAGCUACGCCAGAGUCGAAAGCCAUUUACUCUGAGAAGGCCCGCGCACGCUUGGAACGCUUCAAGACUGCGCCGGCAGCCGCUGCCACGAAGUAGGGAUAUCCGAUGUAAAUUCACGAACGUCGUCCACCUUUUCCAUUGCACAACCAAGCGCCGCAAUCCUCAUGGACAUGGCCCCCAUAGACAGUUUUAUAGUUUCAACGUUUACUUCACCCAUGCUUGUAGACAUUAAGCAACCAUUAUAAAUAAAAGCAAACAUUUCAACAUUACUAUUCCA